CUGAGCUCUGAGCUGGAGGAGCGGAGAGACCCAGACUCCUACCCCUCAUACCACAGCUCCAGCAGCUACCCUGCCAAUGAGCAGGCUACCACAUGGGAGAGGGAGGAGGUGAAAGAGUCUGGACCGGGCCAGAGUGAUACUACCCAAGCUGUCUCGGCCCAGACCCCAGAACCCCAGGAGAAGAAGCCAGAGAAACAUCCCAGUUAUCUGGAUGAUGGACCUCCUCCAUUUUCACCAUCCAGACUGCGCUGGCUCAAGGCCAUUAACAAAGUGCGGGUUCAGCUACAGGAGAGCCGAGAAAGUGAUGCUGACCCAAGCAGGCACCCGUGGGCCAAGCCUGGCGGGGGUGGACUCUUCGGGAUCGACAGCAUGCCUGACCUCCGCAAGAGGAAGCCCAUCCCGCUGGUCAGUGAAGUGGCUAUGUCCUUGGUGCAGUCCAGGAAGGCUGGUAUCAGCUCCGCCAUGGCCACACGCACCUCCCUUAAGGAUGAGGAACUGAAGAGCCACGUCUACAAGAAAACCCUGCAGGCCCUGAUCUACCCCAUCUCCUGCACCACGCCCCACGCCUUCGAGGUGUGGACAGCCACCACGCCCACCUACUGCUACGAGUGUGAGGGCCUGCUGUGGGGCAUUGCCCGGCAGGGCAUGCGCUGCUCAGAAUGUGGGGUCAAGUGCCACGAAAAGUGCCAGGAACUUCUCAACGCCGACUGCCUGCAACGGGCGGCGGAGAAAAGCUCCAAGACGGGUGCCGAGGACCGCACCCAGAACAUCAUCAUGGCCAUGAAGGACCGCAUGAAGAUCCGCGAGAGGAACAAGCCCGAGAUCUUCGAGGUGAUCCGGGACGUUUUCAGCGUGUCCAAGCUCACCCACGCCCAGCAGAUGAAGACCAUCAAGCAGAGUGUGCUCGACGGCACCUCCAAGUGGUCAGCCAAGAUCACCAUCACAGUGCUGUGUGCCCAGGGACUGCAGGCCAAAGACAAGACAGGUUCCAGCGAUCCCUAUGUGACUGUCCAAGUGGGGAAGACAAAGAAGAGGACCAAGACUAUCUAUGGAAACCUCAACCCUGUCUGGGAGGAGAAAUUCCACUUUGAGUGCCACAACUCCUCGGACCGCAUCAAGCUGCGCGUGUGGGACGAGGACGAUGACAUCAAGUCACGGGUAAAGCAGAGGCUGAAGCGUGAGUCAGAUGACUUCCUGGGCCAGAGCAUCAUCGAGGUCCGCACGCUGAGUGGGGAGAUGGACGUCUGGUACAACCUUGAGAAGCGGACGGACAAGUCGGCCGUUUCGGGUGCCAUCCGUCUGCAGAUCAGCGUGGAGAUCAAGGGGGAGGAGAAGGUGGCGCCGUACCACGUCCAGUACACUUGUCUGCACGAGAAUAUUUUCCACCACUUGACGGAUGUGGAGGGCCAGGGCAUGGUCAAGAUCCCAGAUGCCAGAGGGGACGACGCCUGGAAGGUGUACUUUGACGAGGUCCCACAGGAAAUUGCGGAUGAGUUUGCAAUGCGUUAUGGGAUAGAGUCCAUCUACCAGGCCAUGACACACUUUGCCUGCCUCUCCUCCAAGUACAUGCUGUCUGGCGUUCCUGCGGUGAUGAGCACACUGCUGGCCAACAUCAAUGCCUUCUAUGCCCACACCACUGCCUCCACAAAUGUAUCUGCCAGCGAUCGAUUCGCUGCCUCCAACUUUGGGAAAGAGCGGUUCGUUAAGCUCCUGGAUCAGCUGCACAACUCCUUGCGCAUUGACCUCUCUACAUAUCGCAACAACUUCCCGGCCAGCAGUAAGGAACGCCUGCAAGACUUGAAGUCCACAGUGGAUCUUCUCACCAGCAUCACCUUCUUUAGGAUGAAGGUCCAGGAGUUGCAGAGUCCCCCCAGGGCUGGCCAGGUGGUCAAAGACUGUGUGAAGGCCUGUCUCAACUCCACCUAUGAAUACAUCUUCAACAACUGCCAGGAGCUGUACAGCCGCGAGUACCAGGCUCCGGCGGACCCGAACAAGCAGGAGGAGGAGGGCCAAGAGGAGCAGGGCCCCAGCAUGAAAAACCUGGACUUCUGGCCCAAACUCAUCACCCUCAUUGUGUCCAUCAUUGAGGAGGACAAAAACUCCUACACGCCGGUCCUCAACCAGUUCCCCCAAGAGCUGAACGUGGGAAAGGUCAGCGCGGAGGUCAUGUGGACGCUCUUUGCGCAGGAUAUGAAGUACGCCUUGGAGGAACAUGAGAAGCACAAACUAUGCAAGAGUGCUGACUACAUGAACCUGCACUUCAAAGUGAAGUGGCUUUACAAUGAGUAUGUGAAGGACCUGCCCGCCUUCAAGGACGUCAUUCCGGAGUACCCAUCGUGGUUCUUGCAGUUUGUCCUGCAGUGGCUAGCAGAGAAUGAGGAUGUUUCCUUGGAGUUCAUGCAGGGAGCUUUGGAGAGAGACAAGCGAGAGGGAUUCCAGCAGACCUCAGAGCAUGCCCUCUUCUCCUGCUCUGUGGUGGACAUCUUCACCCAGCUCAACCAGAGCUUCGAGAUCAUCAAGAAGCUGGAGUGCCCAGACCCUAAAGUCAUGGCCCACUACAACCGCCGUUUCGCCAGGACCAUCACCAAAGUGCUGCUACAGUACUGUAGCAUCCUCACAAAAAGCUUCCCCACCUACUGCGAGAAGGAGAAGAUCCCCUGUGUCCUUAUGAACAAUGUCCAACAGCUCCGGGUUCUGCUGGAGAAAAUGUUUGAGUGCAUGGGAGCCAAACAGCUGGACCCAGAGGCUGCAGACCUGCUGAAUGAUUUGCAGGUGAAGCUGAGCACCGUCCUGGACAACCUGAGUGCAACAUUUGGGAACAGUUUCCAGAGCCGCAUCGACGGCUGCAUGAGACAAAUGGCCGAGCUCCUGUACCAGGUGAAGGGCCCCAUCAACGCCAACGCGCGCAACACGGUGGAGGCUGACGCCGACAACAUCCUCCGCCCCCUCAUGGAGUUCCUGGAUGGAAAUCUGAUGCUCUUCGCCUCUGUGUGUGAGAAAACCGUUCUGAAGAGAGUUCUGAAGGACCUUUGGAGGAUUGUGAUGAACAGCAUGGAGAAGACCAUCGUUCUCCCACAGAGCAAUGACAGCUUUGGAGCACAGAUGAUCCUCACAGCUGCCAAGGAGCUCGGACAGCUGUCAAAGCUCAAGGGCUCGGCCGAGGCGAAAAGUCUGACUCCCAAACAGUGUGCCAUCAUGGAGGUAACCCUCGAGACCAUCAAGCAAUACUUCCACGCUGGAGGUAAUGGGUUGAAGAAGGCGUACCUGGAGAAGAGUUCGGAGCUAUCGUCUCUGCGAUACGCUCUCUCUCUCUACACACAGACCACCGAUGCACUGAUCCGCACCUUUGUCACCACUCAACACUCCCAGGGGUCAGGAGUGGACCGACCCGUGGGUGAGAUCUCCAUACAGGUGGACCUUCUCACACACCCUGGAACCGGGGAGCACAAGGUCACUGUGAAAGUUGUGGCGGUGAAUGACCUGAAGUGGCAGACGUCUGGAAUGUUCCGGCCCUUCGUGGAGGUCACUGUCAUUGGCCCCUUCCUCAGUGACAAGAAACGCAAGUUCGCCACCAAGUCUAAGAACAACAGCUGGUCCCCCAAGUACAACGAGACGUUUCAGUUCGUUCUGGGUAACGAGGCGGCUCUAGACUGCUACGAGCUGCAAGCGUGUGUGAAGGACUACUGUUUCGGCCGUGCGGACCGGGUGGUGGGCAUCGCUGUGGUGCAGCUGCGGGACGUGGUGGAGCGGGGCAGCUGCGCCUGCUGGUGCCCCCUGGGCCCGCGGAUCCACAUGGACGAGACGGGCAUGACCGCGCUGCGCAUCCUCUCCCAGCGCUCCUCCGACGAGGUCGCCAAGGAGUUCGUCAAACUCAAGUCCGAGACACGCUCGGCCGAGGAGGGCAGAUGAAGAGGCCCCCGGAGGAAUAGGAGGAGGUUUCACGCCCUGCCGUCCGAUGAGAAGGGCGGGAGGAGGCGCUUGACCGAUGGGGGAUAACUGCUCCCCCUCAGCUCCCACGUCCUCUCUCUGCCUGUUCUAGAGGAGAAGAGAGGAGAGAGGGAGGUGAAAGGGGGACUCAGAGUGGAACAGGAUUGGCCUCUGUGACACCCACACCCCCUGCUGGUCAUCCUGUGUAUUACACCUCCCACCCACUCCCUCUCUGAAGAAGUGGAAGGGCCACACACACACACACACACGCACACACACACAGAGUUUCUACCUGUUUGUCUGUAUUUGUAUCUGUGAAUCUACCAGGGCCUCCAUUGUCCAGUUAAGCAUAGCAGUAUGGACCAGAACACAACAAUUUGAUAAAGGCUGGCUACUGGUUUAGCUCAAGUACCAUGUGCAAUAUUCCACAAACUAGUCACAGCCCUGUAUUUAAUACCUUAUGCGUUUUUGACUGUGAACAUCCAACAUCCUAUAUUUGGGAAAUACAUGCAGAUAAUUGUUUAUGCCUGCGCUCUAGGAAAUAAAAUGUGUGUUCAUUCAAUACCACAAGAUUUCAUAACGUAAGGGUUACCCGAAAACUGAUUGUGUCAGACAUGCUGAACAUAUCGUUAUAUAUUUUAUCAAGUGUUCUUAGAAAACAGCCACUUCUAUGGAUUUGAAUGUAGUCCACAUUUGUUAUAAUAUAGUUUGCAGCCUUACCCAUUGUAGCCUGACAGUUUCUGUUUCAAGCAUAUGGUUUUGAAUCAAGUUCUUUCCUUGUGUAAUUCUGCAAGAGAUGCAAAGAGUGUUUCCACUGUGUUCCAUUUGAGGUUUACCCCAAUGUCUUCCUGAUACUUACCGUGAGAUUGUCCCUGAGGUUGUGUUUGAGUAAUCCAGCUACAGGGGUAGACCACAUGGAGCAUUAGUCCACCAAUGGUGUGCCUUCCCUCUCAGGUCCGUGGUCAUUGGAGAUCUUGUAUGAUGUCACUAUUUUUUUUCUGUUUAGGAAGAUGUUGAAGUCGUGAAAUGGGCCAUGCAAGGAAAGCAAUAGGAAGACUAUAUGAGGGACGGCAUAAUAUGGAUUAUAUUUGAAGUUUUACACAGGUAAAACAGGGAUGCAUAUGCCUGCUUUGCUGUGUCUGCAUGUAGUGUCCUUCUGGUUCUCUUUCAGUUGGGGUCUCUCUCUGAUUGAGCUAUUGCUAAAUUUUACUGUGGGGCUGUGUUGGGACUGUGUUUUAGAAUUUUGAAUUGGGAUCAGUGGAGGCCCUGGCAAUAUGCUUAUUGGUUAAGUUUUGCUAAUGCAGUGCAGACAUGGUUUGUGCACCAGUGCAGUCUGUUUUCAGCUUCCGUAGUCUUGAUCUAUUUUGAGGCCUUACUGUCGUGGUGCAGGAAUCCUAGUGAGUCCAGUCUCUUAUCUAAUGGUUCCACAUCCACUCAUACCUCUGUCAUUGCAGUGUUUUUUUUCUUUUCAAAUGACCUUUUGGAACAUUCAGUAUGCUAACCAUUAGCAAGCUGUUUCCCAUUUUUCCAUCUCUGUACAAUACGUAUUUUUUUUUAUUUUUAACAAGCACACAGAUAUUGCUAUGUCUGCUUACUGGAUGGAUCACAGAAAACUUUCAAAGUUAUUGCUGCUGGCUGUGCUGAAGAUUUCUGAAACUACACCACCCACAACCCCCCACUUUGCAACAGGAUCCAAUUGAGAAAAGUGUUGCAGCAAAAGAAAGCCAGCUAUUUAUCUGUUAGGAGCAUGUGAUGUUAACUUGGUUGAAGGCCAUUUGUUUUAUUGUUAAAUGGAGUAACCAACUGAUUUUACUGCCCAGUCCCACAGCUAUACUGUCCACUCCCCUCAGUGUUCGUACAAUUUUACUGUCUUUUAGUCGAAAGCCAACCAGUAGGGUUUUGACUUUAGUGUCCCGGCCUGUCACUACAGUAGGGAGCAGUGGAGUCUGUUUGACUUUCUCACAGGUCUCUCUCACUGUCUGGUUUCUGUGGGCUGUGAUUGGCCCACCAGAGGGGCGUGGUGCUAUAUGCACCUCCCCUUGUCAUUCUGAAGGAGGACUUCUGUAUUUUGUGUGCAUACCUCGUGCCAAGCAGUGCAAAUGGUCAUUCAUGAAUUAAUCUUUUUAAAAUGUGAACUCUUGCACAAAUAUUUUUUUCUUUGUAUAAAAAUGAUGAACAUAGCAUGUAAUGUAUAAAAAGUAAAUGCUAGACCAUGGGUUGUGAAUUUUUAUUUAUGUACUGUC